ACAAUCGCAGCCAAUCGUUCCGUCAGUACCGCGAGUGGCGCGUGCGCACGUCUUUUCCAGAUAACCUGUUAUAAAAUGGCCGAUCCAAUGUCAACACCAAUAAAUAAAAUAUCAAGAGAGAAUUUGACUGUGUUAAUAGCUAAUAAUGUGUUAAAUAGUUCCAUUGAAUUUGUAUCCGAUUGUGAUAUGAUGGAGACAGAUUCGCCAAUAAGAAAACCCAGCGGACAACCAAUCAGCAAAAAGCUAUUCCAUUCACCGAUGGCGGAGAGCCCUAACGAACCCACUUUCAGAACCGGUGAACGAACUAGGAAAGCGAAGAAGCGAAAACAAAUACUCAUCCCAGACAACAGCGAAGGAAUCAAACGAGCAUACGUCAAAGAGUGCGACAAGGACGGCUAUAGCCCUGACGCGCGGGGCGGAAUGAGAAAGAAGGUGUUGAUCAGUCUCUUCCAUAAUAAGGAAUAUUCAAUGGAUUUUGGCGCGUGAAUUUGAAAUUCGAAUGUGUUGUUAGUUAGGUAAAUGGAGUAGGUCCUUUCGCGCCAAUGUGAUUUUAGUUAGAGAAAUUACAAUUAUUGAAAGCUUUUCGUAAACUAAUUAUAUUGCGAAUCUGUAUUAAUUAAAAAUAGAUAGUAAAUAAUAACAACCUUUGAGUUUCGUGUUAUGUUAGACCAAAAUGCAUUUUUAGAAUUUAAUCAUACUAGUUAUAAUAACUUCCGAAUUUAUAUUCUUUGUGUUAUAUUCUAGGCAGAUACUAUGUUAUAAAAAUUCCAGUCUUCCAUUUCAGUUUAUGUCUUUAUGAGCAAUAUUUAAUUAAAUUAGCCUUAUUCUUAAUAUGUCACUCUCACGUCGUCGACAUCCUCUGCACUUGUUCAAAUUUAUGUAUGUGUUUACAGGCCAAUUAGACUUGUUCUUUAAUAUUAAUAAAAUAAAAAUCGUGCCAUAUAAUGAAUUUACUUAGUGUAAAUAUAGAAUUAUUGUUAAUUAAAUAAUGUACAUACUCAAA